AUGGUUUCAGGACAGGACUUUCUUUCACCAGUGGCAAUAAAGAGACUCAGAAGGGAAUUAGAGCAGUUGAAAAAGGAAAAGGACUUCGGAAUAAAGGCGAAACUGGUUAAAGAUGAAAAUGGAAAUGACGACUUGAGCAGGUGGGAACUCACGUUCGAAGGGUCCCAAGACUCGCUCUACGAGGGAUACAGACUCAAGGCAAAGAUGACAUUUCCAAGCAGAUAUCCGAAUCUGCCGCCAGUGUUUACGAUUACGACGCCAAUGUGGCAUCCAAACGUCUACAAGGACGGAAAGGUCUGCAUUUCGAUCCUACACACGGCCGAUGACGCAAUAGUCGACCCAAGCAUCCACGACUGCAGCUGGACGGCCGUCCAGAGCGUCAGAACGGUCUGUAUUUCGAUUCUAUCGAUGCUGAACGAGCCAAAUCCAGACUCACCUGCAAAUGUAGAUGCAUCGAAACAGUUUAGGGAAGAUCGAAAGGGAUACAAGGAGAAAGUGAAGGAGAUUCUCGAAGAAAGUGCUGAGAAAAUAGAUAAGGGAGAGAGCAACAAACAAGAGGCAUAA